UCCUUUCUCUCUCUCUAGAAAUUAAUUAACGUUGGUAAACUGCUAUGGAUAUUAUCGUCUCAACUAAGAGGCAAAAACAGACAGACAAACCGUACAAAGGAAUAAGGAUGAGAAAGUGGGGUAAGUGGGUAGCCGAGGUUCGAGAACCCAACAAACGUUCAAGAAUUUGGCUCGGUUCUUAUUCUUCACCCCUUGCCGCCGCGCGUGCUUACGACACCGCCAUGUUCUACCUGAGAGGUCCGACCGCCCGUCUUAAUUUCCCCGAAUACCUCAUCGGACAAGAACAACUCUUGGAUAUCUCAACCGCUGCUAUUAGGAAAAGAGCUACCGAAGUCGGCGCCCGUGUCGACGCUAUUGAAACCUCCCGCCGCCCCCCUCUCCAACGCAGCAACGUUUCCGAUAUUAAACCUGAUUUGAAUGAGUACCCUGAACCGGAAGAUGAAUCCGAGACUGUUUGAUUGCUGAAAUUUCCCGGAGAUAUGGUGGCCGGAAUCUGCUCUCUCUCACACACACGCACACAAAGAGGAAUAGUGGGAUUGACGUCACGCUUACAAUUGGAGCUUGUUUGAUUUUAUUUUAUUUUUGGGUUGUAUAAAAUCUUAAUUUUACUUAAUUUUGUUCACAUAUUAAAGUAAUAGUAAAUAAGGGUAUUUUGAUA